UCCAGCAGGUCUGUUUGCUUGUCCCUUGGAACUUUCUGGCCCACCAGGACAAUAGCUUUCCUAAUGAGGCAGGCAGUGGACACCAGCAAACAUCUCAGAUGUAUCCUGUGACAACAUGGUUCUGGGGGAUCAUGCUGAAUAUGCUGUUGCUGAGUUGGGGAGUGCUGCAGGGAAUCCAGGCCAUCCUCACCUCCGACCUCAGCAGCAGUCACCUGUCAGAGUUGCGCCCUAGUCUGGAUGGGGCAGAGAGGUCCAGCUACCCCAGCCUUCUGCAGAAAUUCAAGGAGGCACCAGUGGGGUCCACAGGGACUUUACCAAGACCUGGGUUUGACAGGAUGGCUAUGGAGCUCCGUGUAGCUGAUGAGGACCUCGUGCAGGAAGCCAGUGUACUGGAGCCAGAGGUGUUGUCUGCUGCACUGGAGGCUCAGGGCCGAGAGGAGCGCUCUCCACGCAGAUGUGUUCGCUUGCUGGAAUCCUGCCUUGGGCACCAGCUCCCCUGCUGUGAUCCUUGUGCCACCUGCUACUGCCGCUUCUUCAAUGCCUUUUGCUAUUGCAGGAAAAUCAAUGCCACGUUCCUGUGUGGCAAGAACUAGUUUUGGCUUGUUCCCCGCCACCCCCUUUUUUCGCUCCUUGGAUUAGUAACUGGUUUUCCUUACGCCCGUGUGCCCUUUGCAGUUCCAAUAAACAAUCUGCUAGUAAAUAGUGUCACCAAGUUCAGUUGUUCCGCCCCUGGCUUUUUCUUUGUCUCUCACAGGGAUAUUCUCCUUUAGCAGGAAACAGCAAAUAUCUUCAUGCCCAUUAGCAAGAAACAUGUUAC